CCCCGCCGCCCCGAGCCCCCGACGGCCUGACCGCCGCCGCCUCAAGUUCGCCUGACCGCCCGGCGCGCGCCCGCCCCGCCCGCUCUCUGGGCCUCACUGGCUCACCGCGUCUGCGCGUCACCAGCCUGCCUCCCCCGGUCCCCGAGCCGGAUCUGCCGCCGCUCUUCCCUAGAGGCCUGCCCCUGCUCUUCCACGCCAACGACCAGCGGACCAGCGGACCAGCGGACGCGCGUUUUAGAUCUUCCGUAGGCUCAAUGUCAACUAUUUCGGAUCAGAAGAAACAGACAUUAGAAGCCAUUCAACAGCGGUAUGCAGCAGCUAAAGCUAAGAAAGUGCAAGAUGAACAGCUUAAGUGCCAGAAGAGCAAAGAUGGUACCCCCAAGCCCAAGUUUGAUGUACAAAAGAAAGGAAAAACUCCUGAAUUGACUCCUUCUCGAACUUCUACACCUAAAGCUCAAGCAAGCUCCAGUUAUCAGCAAAAACCUUCUGCUUCCUUAGGUGGAGAAGUCCACCCUAUAUACUCUGAACUUUCAUUUGCGCUUCAUGAAAAUUUGUCCCAAGAUGACCAAGAUGGGUUUUCGGGUCUCGAUAGCACAGACGUAGUUCACAGUGUUGUAUAUGAUAUAAUUCAGAAGGGUGGAGAAGCCGGGAAGAUUACCAAGGGAUCGAAGAAGUUAAAGCUAGACAAAGGGAUUCUUUUAGAUAACUAUGUCCAGAGGGGUCCUAUCUUAGUGGAUGCACAAUCACGGUCUUUGUUGAUUCACUCGAAGCGAUCAAAAAGACACAUGUCACUGAAGCAACACAAGAAAUGUGGAUCAUUUGAUUUACUUGAUACAUUACACAGGUUUGACCUCUAUAAGCCAAUGCAUGAAAUGUGGAAAGAGUAUAUUCGAGAGCUCACUAGAAAUACAGCGAAAAAACUUUUAUCUGAAUACCUCCUUUCAGCAGAUCUUCAUGGGGCCCUUGUAAUAGUGGCAGAAUGCAAAGCAGCCUCAUAUCAAGGUGUGAGUGGCAUCAUGAUUAGGGACACUGCAGAGACUUUUGGAAUUAUAUCAGAGGAUAACCGCUUCCGAGUUGUACCAAAAGCUGGGUCAGUUUUCGUCCUCCAAGCCGACCGCUUGAAGGUUACACUGAUCGGCGACAAGCUCUCGCCAAAGGAGAGGCUGAAGGAGACCCAACGCCUGCAGCGUGCGCAGUCACUGAUCAGAUAGAACUUCUAAAACCCAACGGGAAAAGCUGAAGAAAAACCAGCUCCAGGACCAUGUGCAGAGACUGAUCAGAUAGUAUCCAACAUGCUUGACUCUGUUUUUUUCUUCAACAAAUUUCGCCCCAGAGGAACCUGUACAGUAUUUUUUUUUCUAGAUCUUUGUUAUAUUUUGAGGAGAGCGUGGCCGGGUGGACGGCCAUGCUCUUGUGAGUGAUGACUGGAUGAAAGUUUCGAUUGUCUGGGUCAGGCGGUCAGUCCGUUUGAGGCUGCAGGUGGAGUUUGUGUUUGUCCA